GAAUGGAUAAUCUAAAAGGAAUGGUCAACAGACAAAUUUCUAUCCAAGGAAGCAUAAGCAAUGUGAAAAAAAAAACUUUUUUUUUUUUGCAUUUUAAAUGGCAUACAUGAGAAAAUGGAAGAAAUCACACGAACAUGACAAAAUUACCCUUCAAAAUACGAAAACCCUAAAAUGUGGAAAAUCCCCCUUUUCCCCUUUUCCGCUUUCCCCGUUCUCAAACUUCUGCUCGGACUCUCAAGUCUCGCCUUCCUUUACUUCCCUCCCUCUCUCUCUCUCUCUCUCCCUCUUCUCUGUUCCCUUCCUUCUCACAUACGGAGCUGCUCGUUCCUUGAGGAUCAAGAAGAAGAAGAAUCAGCAAAACCUGAGCCGAAAACCGGAAAGAAGUAGGGCACAGUUUUUCCCCCGGCGAGGAAAUGGGCAAGUACAUGAAGAAAACCAAAUCGCCGGUGGCUAUGGAGCUCUCUCACUCUUCCUCUGCCACCUCCACCAUCCGCACCCGUGCGAAAACCCUAGCCCUUCAGAGGCUUCAACAGUCUCUGUCCCCGCCCAAGACCACUACCGAGGUCGAUGAUUCGUCCUUAUCCUACCUCCAGCUCCGGAGCCGCCGCCUCGAGAAACCUCCUUUACACUCCCGGAAGGACCCAGAUGAAAUUGGCGUUCCCAGAGAGGGUUUGAGGUGCAAAACCCCAGGUUCUAAGAAGGUUCGAGUGAGCACGGAGCCCAAGUCGUCCGGCGGGAAGAUUGCCAGGGUGAUGGAAGGGGAGUUGUUUGGUUCUAGUCCGCCUGAGGAUUUUGGGGUUGAGGGCUCUUUUGGAGAGAACUGCUCGGAGUUCGAAACUAGAGAAAGGAGGAGCACCAGAGAAAGCACACCAUGUAGCUUGAUAAGGCACUCUGAUAGUGUGGGGACCCCUGGUUCAACAACAAGGCAGGGAGCUUCCAUGGUUACUAGCAGGAGAGUUAGUAAUGACACCCUGGGGAACUUCCCUACUACUCAAGAAAUGGAUGACUUUUUUGCCAGUCAAGAAGAGCAGCAGCGGAGACUAUUCAUAGACAAGUACAACUUUGAUGUGGUGAAUGAUAUACCCCUCCCAGGGCGAUACGAAUGGGUUCAAGUUAUUCGCUGACUUAGUAUUUUGUCAUUAGGAGGGGCAUUUAUCAACCCCCAACUUCUUGGUGACGAAGUGUUUUGUGUAGCGGCAGGUGUGGUGUUUAAACUAAGUUAGGUUCUGGAAAAGUUAUAUUCCGUCGCCCUUCGAAGCUCAUGUAAAGGGAAAUGGAGCUUUGGAAGGAUGUCUAAUUCAAAGAAGUGCAGCCUAACAGAGGUGAUGUUGAUGAAUAAUUUGGGAGGAGGAGAAUGAGGAAGAGUGGUUAGUUUGUCAGAGGAGAUUAGAACUCUAACUUUGUAACUUUGUAACUUUGUAGGAGACUAUUGUGUAAUAGCUAGAGAUGCUCUCUUUUAUUUUGCCAGUUAAUGAAAAGCUAGGAUUGCCUUUUGCUGUCUUGUUUCCUGAUAAUUUCAGCUGGUAGUCCAUAUAAGGGAAGAGCCAUUAUUGGUCUUAUGGAGAACAAUAACAGCCCAUUUAUCUGUC